ACUCGGAUCUCGCGCACUGGAAGCCAUUAAAACCUGUAGGCUGGAGCUAACAGAUAAGCGGAUAUGGGCUCUGCUCUGCGGCGUCGCUGGCUAGUUUUCCAACUCCUGAUGCAGGUGUGGCUGGCAGCAAAUCCAUCACUCAGUGAGCGCCAGUGCCCCAAGAGUUGUCGCUGUGAUGGAAAAAUUGUGUAUUGUGAGUCGAGCGCCUUUCGUGACGUCCCUAAAAACCUCUCAGGAGGCUGUGAAGGCCUUUCACUGCGGUACAACAGCCUCUCCAAUCUUCGUGCAGGCCAGUUUGUUGGCCUCAACCACCUUAUAUGGCUCUACUUGGACCAUAAUUACAUUGCCUCUGUGGAUGGAAUGGCCUUUCAGGGGAUCCGAAGGCUUAAAGAGCUGAUUCUAAGUUCCAACAAGAUCACAAUGCUCCACAACACCACAUUCCAUCCUGUCCCAAAUUUACGUAAUCUGGACUUGUCAUACAAUAAACUACAAGCUUUGCAGUCUGGGCAAUUCCAAGGUUUACGGAAACUCCUCAGUCUUCAUAUACGGUCAAAUUCUCUAAAAACUAUUCCAACGCGUCUAUUCCAAGACUGCAGAAAUCUCGAAUUUCUUGAUCUGGGUUACAACCGACUGCGAAGCAUCACACGCAAUGCCUUUUUGGGCCUUGUCAAACUCGCUGAGCUGCACAUGGAGCACAAUCAGUUCUCCAAGAUCAACUUCUCUCAUUUCCCUCGCCUCUACAAUUUGCGGGCUCUUUACCUGCAAUGGAAUCGUAUUCGUUCUAUGAGCCAGGGGCUUACGUGGACCUGGGCCUCCAUCCAGAAGUUGGAUCUGUCAGGAAACGAGCUGACAGAAGUAGAUGCUGUGGUUUACCAAUGCUUACCAAAGCUGCAAACUCUCAAUUUGGACUCUAACAAGCUGGCCAAUGUCUCUCAAGAGGCAGUUGAUGCUUGGAUCUCCUUGACUAUGAUUAGCUUAGCUGGAAAUGUAUGGGACUGUAGCUCAGCAAUAUGUCCUCUGGUGGGCUGGCUAAGAAACUUUAGAGGGGCAAAGGAGACGACCAUGAUUUGUGCCUCUCCCAAGAAAGCCCAAGGAGAAAAAGUUAUGGAUGCUGUUGAAGCCUUUGGUGUUUGUCAAUCAAACCAGGCAUCAACACUCACAGCGAGUAUUCCUUCAAACCUAUCCAGCAAUCCUGUUCAAACGGAGCACAACCCAUCUAUUCUGCCUUUACCAACUAGCUCUGGAAAGAGGGCUGAGGGAUCUCUUAGGGGUCCUACAUCAUUAGCGGUUACCCCACCAGUUGUCGUUCCUCCAGAGCAAGAGUUAGAGCCUGUGUCUUUCCAUAAGAUUGUGGCCGGAAGUGUUGCUCUUUUUCUUUCUGUUGCAAUGAUCCUGUUGGUAAUCUACGUAUCCUGGAAACGCUAUCCUAACAGCGUCAAGCAGCUGCAGGAGCACUCAGCAGCCGCACGCAAACGUCGCAAGAAACCUAGAGAGACAGAGCGCACACUUAGCUCUCCCCUGCAGGAGUACUAUGUGGACUACAAGCCCAACAAUUCUGAGGCCAUGGAUGUGCUUGUCAAUGGAACUGGACCAUGCACAUAUACCAUCUCAGGCUCCCGAGAAUGCGAGGUCCCCCACCAGAUGGGUGCUCUGACCUUCUACCGCUAUGAACAGCCUAUUGUGGACUACUGCCAGGCCCACCAACCCCUGCGGCUCAACAUGGGCUACGAAGGCCCACCUCAGGGCCUGGAGGGACUCGAGGACCUGGGGCCGUGUGAUAGGGGCACAAUACAGACAGUGGCCCUGCCUGCUGUGCCCUCUGCUGCCAGCAUAGGUGUCCCAGGGACCCGCUCCCCUCCACCCUCCAUCAUACCACAAACUGAAGUUCCCAGCAGUGGUCCUUUUCCUCCCGCUGAGCGCACCGGCACGCUCAAAUAUGGACGCUAGUGAACCUGGUUGCUGAAAGUGAGCCAAGCGUCUGUGAUUCACUUUUACUUUUAAAUGAAGGUGCAAGUGAGGUGGUUAUUUAGCAGGGCCUUGUUUUUAGUUCAUGAUCUAAAAGACUACAUGUUCAAACUAUGCCCGAGGGAACACAGUCUCACUAGCAUACACAGUAGUAUGACUGUACACUGAUCAUCCUUUCAAAGCAUUUGAAAGCAAAACACCUUAAAUGACCUCGCUACGGACUCAUAAGUGGUAUUUUUUUUCCAGCAUGUACCUGCUCACAGAAGCGUCAGUCAAUUUUGUUGUGGCAAGAGUGUAAGGAAAAGUGCAAUAAACACAAUGUGUCGAUUAUCAGAGGGAGGAGAAGUGGCUAAAGAUCUAAGAGAUAGAGUUGAUGUUCAAUAGGCUUCGCACUACCAUUAUUUAAAUUGUACUUCAAAAGCUGUUGACAAAGGGGAGACCUGUAUCAUUAUUUCACAAACGACCACAUACAUAUUUAGUUUUGUUGCUUUUUUUAAUGUUUUACUGCUGAAUUCAAUUUAUGUGCAUGUUAAGCCAAAGAGUUUACUAAUACCUUUCUUUAAUGAACAUGCAUACAAUAUCAGUUGUACAACAAAACAGCCUUUGUCCAUUUGUGAUUGUCACCAAAGCCUCCACUGUUUUCAAAGAGCUGGCCACAUCUCUACAAAUGAGUUUAACAUAGGUCAGGUAGUUAAUCUGACAUUUUAAAAUUAUAUCAUAAUCAUCCAACAUGACCCAGUCCUCCCAACAUCAGGUUAAUUGUUAUUCAUGUACAACAGUAGCAAAAACUAU